GAAGAACUCCACCGCUAAGCAGUAAAGUAGAGGACGAGUUGAAUGCUCCACUCUCAAACCUUGGCUUUUGCGACGAAAGGAGAAGCUUGGAUUUCUCUUAAAAGAUACAAUUUUUGUUUUUUAAAUUCCGUUAUUUCUUUCCUUUUUCAAUCCCCAUUUUGCUUUUCUGUUCGAUUCCUUCUUCCCAAUCAAAGUUCCUUUUUCCCUUUUCCAUUUCUAAGAUCAGUUCUUUUGAUUCGGUCAAAAAAUCAUUGGAAAAAUCUUCUUUUCAUGUCAAUUCUGACUCUUGGAUGCGGAUUACGCUCUGUUAUGUUUCAAAAGCUUUUCCCGCCUUUGAAUAAAUUCUUCUUUUCUGAUUUCCUUUGCAUGUUCUUCCAUCUCCUUUCUCGGAAUCGGCAUGCUGUUCAGUUUCAUUAAGCUGAGUGGCGUUGGUGGUGGUUAUGGGAGGUGGUACGGUCGAAGUGGUUAGUAGUAAAGGUUGUUCUAGGCUGCUUUUUGGGUUCUCAUCACCAUUAUCGUCAUUGGGAGGGCUGCAACAGCUUGAGUCCAUGUCUCUUGCUUCUCCGUCUUCAAGGUCUGAACCGGUGAAAGUGCGGUUAGCCGGUCCUUUUACUGGACUCGUAAUUUGUGUCACUGGUUUAUCCAAAGAAGCAAGGAAACAAGUUAAGGAAGCUACUGAGAGAUUAGGUGGACAAUACAGCCCCAAUUUGCAUCCACAAUGCACCCAUUUGGUGGUUCAAAGUUUAGGUGGACGCAAGUUUGAACACGCGUUUAAGCAUGGAUCAAGAAAUGGGCUGUUUGUUGUCUCUCUUGGCUGGUUUGUGGAUAGUGUACGGAGGAAUGUAAGACUGAGCGAGUCUCUAUAUACUAUCAAAAGUCUUGGAGAAAAUAGUGGACGCCUUGAUGAAUUAAAACAUCUAGCAGGGUCUGGUGGCGACGGAAACUCCUGCCUUCCAGUAGGCAUUCAUGGAGUUGAGCAAAAUGAUACGAUAGGAGAUUCUCAACUAUCAUUCUCUAAAAAAGAUCGUGACAGAAGAAUGGACUCUAAUCUUUCUGGUCAAUCCAUGUAUAUUGAUACGGACAUUUCACCAGAACUGCGACAUAAGGUUAUUGAGGCUGCUAAGGGAGUUGGUGCCUCACUUGUGGAUCAUUGGUUUGCCGGUUGCAGCACAAAUCACGUGGUUUGUGAGAGGACUUCCAUCCAUCGAUAUCUUGGCCAAUCCAGCAAUUUAGUCACACCACUCUGGAUUCUCAAAACUGUGACGGAGAAACGUGCACAAAGACUUAUUCACAUGUCCGCCGACCUGGCUCGACAGAUUAGUUCAACACUUGAAGAUCUUUGUGCCGAAAAUUUUACUGAGGCAAAAAAUAGGCAGCAAGAAGAUACUAGAACUUCUAGAAGUAAGACAACCCAGGCAGAACGGGAGCAGACUAUUUCAAAUGCGAAGCUUGGGGUGAGGAAGCGGCGUGCUUGUCGAAUGCAGACAUGUCAAAACCCAAUACGUCCGCUAACCCCAAGUAGCCUUUUGGAUUCGAUCUGCUGGUCAAUAUCUGAGCCAAGUUCAUCUGCUUCUAUUUACACAGACUCUUUCAGUAGUGAAGGUGUUAGUGAGCAUCAUACUCCAGAGUUCUUUGAUGCAACAGGAGAUGGCAAGGAAUCGGAAGCCUCAUUUUCAAACUUAACUCGUCCACUCAGUGAAAGCGAGAAAUCUGAAGUUGUAUUCAAAAACCAUUACUUGACUAUACUAUUUCCAGUGGAUCGUUUCUUCGAGAUGGGACCUUCUUCGAGGACAUAUUUUAGCUACAAGGGGUUCACAUGUUUCCAGAUUCUCGAUCAUAUUUAUACAUUUUAUCAGGAGAACAUGUCAGAUCAUGAAAUAGAGAUGGCCAUUCACACUGAUUCAAGGCACGCUGACCGACUUCGAUCUGUUUACUGCAGUAGAGAAACAACAGAAUCUGGUUGUGUAGUUUUCAAAAGGAUAGAAUUCCUGGGGAGCCGCAGAAGUUUCGAAAUGUUGAAGCGUGUUAGCGUUGACAACAACAGUAAUGUCUAUGAGCUAUUGAUCAGAGCAUGAGAUUUCUAUACCGGCUAGGGGGACUGUCCUUCAAUCUUCACUGUGUGUUGAACUUGUAUCAGCAUUGUGUUAAAUGUUAAGCUAACGUAGAAUAUUUGAGAAUUCAACUCUAAUCUUCAUUGUUGAAUCUUAUGACGAUAGUGCAUGCUCUUCAACUUACUAGAGGGUGAAGCUUUUCAAUCAAUCCCUUUGUAACCUAAGCUUAGUUUGUGAAUUAUUUCAAGAACAAUACAAUAAAUGGAUAUUCCGAUAAUUAUUCGGGCAUUUCAAAUAUUAUCCUUCGAAAA